ACUCUGUAACGAGAAAUUUUUUUCUCAUUUUUCGAAAAAAAAAAAAAGAUAGAGAUACACUGAGAUUCUCAUCUCACAAUCUCAGUUUCUUCUCAUUUUAAUUUUCUCUUCUCAUUUUCUGUUUCCUCUGUUCUCUGCGGGACUUGGUUAUAGCCCCAUCGUGGAGAACGCGUUGACCACUUUCUUAGCCCAGUUCCUCCAAUCCGAAGUUUUGAUCUUUUCGGAGAUUUUUGAAGUUGGAACAUGAUUUUGAGUCAACUGGGUCAAAUGGGUUUCUUCCAAAUCCUUAGAUUGUUGUAAAUUAUCUUUUCUGGCUUGAAUUUUGCUUUGUGUGUCUGUGAGUGUGUGGGUGUGUGUAGUUGUUGAUGAAUAUGACUUCCAAAGAUGUUAAUGGGUGCAUCAUAGAUAAACCUGUGGUGGCUUCUUCUUUGGGUGGUGACAAGGUUGAAGAUCAUGUCAACGGAGAAGAUGAAAGUGAUUCCAAUUCUUUGUUGCCUCCUCGGAGAGAUGUCAUGUCCCGCAACUCUGAGAAGACACGCCGGAAAGUGCAGUGGAAUGAUAAGAAUGGAAACAAGCUUGUUGAGGUGUUGGUAUAUGAGCCAAGUGAUGUCAGUGACUCAGAAGAAGAGGAUUCAGAUUCUUGUAUCUGUACAAUAAUGUAGAGAUCAUCUUGUUAACUGUCUCAAACUCUGCUGGAUUAAUCAGGGGUCAUUAUUGUUGCUUGCAAGCCUUGAAUUAUGACAACCCAGCAGGCUUGAUCUUCGUUUUGAGGUGGGACAAAAGUCCAAUAAACCAGGACCUGCGGCUUCUCACGUCUACUAACACAUGGAUCCAGUUCAUCUUACUGGGUUUUUGAGAUGAUUUCUUAGAUGGACUUUGGGGUUAGUUCUCGGAUGUAUAUCAAAAUACACAUGAUAGCAAUAUGAUUAGGCAGUGGUGAGGCAUUUAGCUUUCAUGCUUUGCCACAUCUUCUGAUACUGUAAAAGUUGUGCUCUCAAUUGCUUUUUUAUCUUUAUAAUUAAAGAGGAGACAACUGUAUUAUUUCCUUUUGUUUCCCUGCUUCCUCUAUAUAUGGAACAAAUUUUCAUGAUAUGGUAUUCAUUCUCAAGUAAUUUGUUGAAACCAUGUCCCUGUGUACUGCUUGCAUCUUUGCU